AUGGCACAAUUUCUCCGAAACGAGGCUAAGUUGAAUCGAACUCCGGACCUAAAAGUAGAAUAUGAUAAUGUUGUUCGAGAGUACGAAAUACUGGGUCACAUGACUAAAGUUUGCUCUCCAAUUACUCCAGAAAGUACUCCAAAUCCUAAAUUUUACUAUCUACCACAUCAUGCUGUAAUUAAGCCUGAUAGUGUAACUACGAAGGUCCGAGUUGUUUUCAAUGCCUCAUCUCCUUCAUCCAAUGGACUUAGCUUAAAUUCCUUGUUACAUGUUGGUCCAAUUUUGCAAAAUGACCUAACGGUUCUCAUCCUUAAAUGGCGGUUCUACAAAUAUGUCUUUAAUGCCGAUAUCCAAAAGAUGUAUAGACAGAUUUUGGUCGAUCCUAAGUACACUCCAUAUCAGCGAAUCGUAUUCCGCGAUAACCCGAACAGUCCAAUCUGUGACUACGAAUUAAAAACGGUCACGUUCGGGGUUAAUUGUGCGCCAUAUUUGGCCAUUCGUACUCUCCUGCAAUUAGCUGACGACGUACAAGGACUUUAUCCGAUAGCUAGUUCUAUUCUGAGAAACUCAAUGUAUGUCGAUGAUGUUUUGGCCGGUGCUCAUUCUGAGAACGAUUCCAUAAGAGCAAGAAAUGAGCUAAUUCAAGCACUUAAAUCAGCUGGUUUCGAUCUAAGAAAAUGGACGUCCAAUUCCCAGAGCAUAUUAGCAGAUAUUCCUUCUGAUUUCCUUCUCCAUGAAAACUUCUUAAAAUUUGAAGAUUAUAGCUCGGCAAAAACUUUAGGCAUUCGGUGGAAUGCUUGCCUAGAUGAGUUUUUCUUUAUUGCGAGCCAAUUCCAGGAGUCAUCAAAUUUUACGAAGAGAGAAGUUUUGUCGAAAAUUGCGAAACUUUUCGAUCCCGCUGGCUGGCUAGCUCCGUGUAUUGUCCAAGCGAAGAUCAUCAUGCAAAAAAUUUGGAUUGAUGGCACUGGUUGGGAUGAAACCCUAGCUCCAGAUACCCUUAAUCAGUGGAAAGCAUUCGAAGACAAUUAUCCCACAAUCAAUGCCAUACGGAUUCCUCGAUGGAUUGAUUAUGUUCCGAAAGCUGAAGUCCAGUUCCAUGGAUUUUGCGAUGCCUCGGAAAAGGCAUACGCUGCUGCAUUAUAUGUUCGAGUGUCGACUCCUAACUCUAGUAGUACCCACCUAAUAUCGUCCAAAACAAAAGUAGCUCCCAUUAAAACUCUGUCUAUUCCGAGACUUGAACUUUGCGGAGCCCUUUUGCUUGCUGAAAUGAUAGACAGUCUGUUGCCCAGUUUGGAUGUGGAUAGGUACGAUAUAUUCUGUUGGACGGAUUCCACAAUUGUGCUUUCUUGGCUAGCUAAAGCACCGUGUAACUGGCUUACCUUUGUCGCGAACAGAGUUUCCAAGAUAACACAAAUUGUUCCCUUUUCCAAAUGGGGUCAUGUGGUUUCUGAAGCAAAUCCGGCGGAUUUAGCAAGUAGAGGUCUUUGUCCACAAGAGGUAAAUCAAAAUGAUCUUUGGUGGUUUGGCCCAUCUUGGCUUAAAGAACCUACAUCUAAAUGGCCAAACUUCAAAAUGUCGAAUCUUCCAGCUACCGAUCUUGAGGUCAAACCUAUUCGUGUCCAUUUCUCCUAUUUCUCCAACUUCGAAGAUUUGCUAGAAAGAUUUUCCUCCUUUUCCAAGGCAAUGCGUGUAAUGGCAUAUGUCUACCGAUUCUUCUAUCGAACUCAUCCGAGAUUCCGUUACAACUUCUAUCGAGAAAUAACAUUACUUUCUAGCUCCGAAAUAGUUUCCGUUCGCGAUCGACUCAUUUCCGUUUGUCAAAAAUUCGCCUAUCCUAAUGAGUACAAAGCUCUCUCAUCCAGAGAAGAGAUUUCUAAAUCCAGCAAGCUUCUGAACCUUAAUCCUUUUCUCGAUCCAGAAGGCCUAAUACGAUCCUGUGGCAGACUUGAGUUAUCCCCAGACCUAUCCUAUAACGAAAAGUAUCCGAUUAUUAUUCCGUACAACUCCCAAUACGCAAGACUCUUAGUCCGAUUUAUCCAUGAUAUCAGCAUGCAUGGUGGAAAUCAACUAGUUCUACGUCUCCUACGUAUGCAAUACUGGAUCCCAAAGGCCAAAAAUCUCAUCAAGACGACCAUAAAUCACUGCAAGCCAUGUUUACUUUACAAGAAAAGAUGUCAGAAACAGAUUAUGGCCGCCCUACCUACAGAACGUAGCGAGAUUUCGCGGCCAUUUACCCGUACUGGCUUGGACUUUGCCGGUCCUUUUGAUGUGAAAAGUUAUUCCGGUCGUGGUUGCAGAAUGACUAAAGGGUACGUGUGUGUAUUUGUGUGCUUCGCUACUAAGGCGAUCCACUUAGAGGCAACAUCCGACCUCUCUACUCCUGCAUUCCUAGCAGCUUUUAGUCGAUUCGUCUCGCGUCGUGGAUGUCCUUUGCACUUGUAUUCUGACAAUGGUGCUAACUUCGUUGGUGCUUCUAAAAUCCUAGCCAAGGAAUUUCUCCAAACGAGUUACCAAAGAGUCCAAGCAAACUAUGCUCAUCAGAACAUCACCUGGCAUUUCAUUCCAGCUGGCGCUCCUCACAUGGGUGGUUUAUGGGAGGCUGGUGUUAAAAGCUUUAAAGCCCAUUUCCGCAAAACUACCGGAUGUUUAAAAUAUACACAUGAGGAACUCUCGACACUUCUAUCCAAGAUUGAAUCCUGUCUGAACUCUAGGCCAAUUUCUCCGAUGUCCACUGAUCCUACGGAUCUUUGUGCGUUAACUCCUGGCCAUUUCCUUAUUGGGACUCCAAUCCUGGCUCCUGUGGAUCCCCAGAUAAAUGAAUCCGCGAUUUCCAUAGUAAAUAAGUGGCAGAGGUUAAAGCUAAUCCAUCAGAAGUUCUGUCUCCGAUGGAAAAACGAGUAUCUAAAGGAACUCCAAAAGCGAGUAAAAUGGCAAAGGCCAGAACCUAAUCUCCAAGAAGGCUCACUGGUCGUUAUAAAAGAUGAGAAUCUCCCACCGAACUCUUGGCGACUAGGUCGAGCUACGAAAGUAUAUCAAGGUUCGGACAAUCGUGUACGGGUCGCUGAUAUAUUGACACAACGCGGCGUCAUAACUCGUCCCGUCGUAAAGCUCAUACUUCUGUUUGCACAGUCUUAA